AGCAUUGUACUCACAUCCGGGGGUUGCGUUUUGCUUUAGUGCUAAGCGUAAUUAACCCGGAAAAAAGGGCCGAGAGACCAGAGAGGGGGAGGGGGAAGAAGGAGGAGGAGGAGGAGGAGAGACAGAGAUACAGAUAGAGACAGAGACACUGACAGUUCUAGGGACGAGGGAGAUUGGCCGGGAUAUAGAGAGAUUUGGACAGUGAGAGGGGAGAAGAGCCAAUUGGCAAACCCCGAUGUGAAGCAGCCGGAGAUCCCCGGGCCCCCUGCGCAGCGGGGGUGAUGUGAGCAGAGCACAGGAAUGCCUUAUGUGGAUCGGCAGAACCGAAUUUGUGGGUUCUUGGACAUUGAGGACAAUGAGACCAGUGGAAAGUUCCUACGGAGAUACUUUAUCCUGGACACCCAGGCUAACUGCCUCCUUUGGUACAUGGACAAUCCUCAGAACCUGGCAAUUGGAGCAGGAGCUGUUGGAUCUUUGCCAUUGACCUACAUCUCCAAGGUGAAUAUAGCCACUCCAAAACAGAAACCAAAAACUCCAUUUUGCUUUGUCAUCAAUGCCCUUUCUCAGCGUUAUUUUCUGCAAGCCAAUGACCAGAAAGACCUGAAGGAUUGGGUAGAGGCACUGAACCAAGCCAGCAAGAUCACAGUGCCCAAAGUGGGGAGCCUGCCCCUGGCUACUGAGGUUGCCAAGAGUCCAGCAAUUCCUCAGCCCUUAGAAAAAAAACUACAGGUGGCAUAUAAGACAGAGAUCAUUGGUGGGGUUGUGGUACACACACCCAUCAACCAGAAUGGUGGGGAUGGAACAGAGGCAGGUGUGCAAGGCCACCAUGCUAUCCUCCGAAGGUCUCAGAGCUACAUUCCUACUUCAGGCUGCCGAGCCCCAGCUGGGCCACCCCUCCUUAAGAGUGGCUACUGUGUGAAACAGGGGAAUGUGAGAAAGAACUGGAAACGUCGUUUCUUUGCUCUUGAUGAUUUCUCCCUCUCCUAUUUCAAGUGUGAACAGGACAGGGAGCCUCUGCGAACCAUCCUUCUGAAAGAUGUACUUAAGACUCACGAGUGUCUGGUCAAAUCUGGAGAUCUCUUAAUGAGAGACAACUUGUUUGAAAUAAUAACAAGCUCCCGGACCUUUUAUAUUCAGGCUGACAGCCCAGAAGACAUGCACAGCUGGAUCAAGGAGAUUGGUGCAGCUGUUCAGGCUCUCAAGUGCCACCCUAAAGAAAUGUCCUUCUCUAGAUCAAUUUCAUUGUCCCGGCCUGGAAGUUCCAAUUUUUCGGGUGUGCCCAACUCCACCCCAUGCAGAGGACGUCCUGGAGAAGAGAAGAAAGCUCCCUACAAAGCUCCCUUCAUUGCUUCAUCCUGGCAGCCCUGGACACCUGUCCCACAGGCAGACGAAAAGCUGCUUCUGGAUGAAGAGAGUCCUGGAGGCUCCCCAUUCAUGUCCAGACUUGGGGAAGGCGAUGCCACCGUGCUGUCAAGCUCUCGGGUACGGCAUCGAUCAGAGCCCCAACACCCCAAAGAGAAACCAUUCAUGUACAACCUUGAUGAUGAGCAUAUACGGACCUCCGAUGUAUAACCGGUGUGUAAUCCAAUGUGUAAAGUAGUGUCAUGGUCCUACUUCUGUGGAGUUUGCAUGUCUGGAGCCUUCCAGGCAUGGCAGGCCCUCACGUUGUUCUGCAGGACAGUACGUAUUUAAUCUACUGAAACAAGUUCAACAAGACCCUGUUCGUGGUCCCAUGGCUCAGUUCUAGGUCCUGACACCUUGAGUGUUCACCAGACUGGUCUGUGACCUCUCAAUUGAGAUGUCACCAGCAGCAAAUAGUUCAGCAGUCACAGUUUCCUGCUCUGAGAGAAGUAGAGACUUUGCAAAAGGCUGUGGACUGACUUUACCUCUAACAAAGCUUUAUUUCUGCGUCCUUUUUUUUCCCCCACAAAAGAAACUUUACUGAGUCACUCAAUCUUAUUGUUAUUCUUCUUCUAAGUGAUAAUCACAGAGCAGCAAAGCUGCAGACAGCUAGCGGGGCCUGUGAAGGAUCCAGGCUUCUUCCCAAUGCUCUUGGUGGACUCUGAUCCUUUUUCUUGUUCUUGGAUUCUUCGAAAUUCUCUCACUGUAUCCUGUGUUCCUGUUAAGAAUCAUCUUAUUUGAGAGGUAGUAUUAAUUUUGGUUAAAAUUCAGUGUUUUCCAUCAGGUCAUAAGCAUGGAUAGUUUCUUCUGGAAGACUGACAAAGGGAAGAGGGAGUGUGAGUCCCAGCUCAACCACAGAGCAUAAAAUAAGUAUAUGAAAAUGCUAAAUCGUCUUUUGCAUCCUUUUUGAAAUAUGAAACGGCCAAAUACUGUGAAGUCAUGAGAGAUGAGAGCCCACUAAUCCUAUGGGCAUGCCAAGCCUCCGCUUUUUGAUGUCAGAUGCCAUGGUUGUUCAAAUGGGUGUUACUUCCAGUGUGCUAUGAUAUUAAUUUGAGAUGUGUGGCGGCAUAAUGAGUGUGUGAUGGUUCCUUGUUUUCAUGUGUGAAUGGUCAAGAGUUCUCCAUUCAGACUUUAGACUUAUAUUAACUUUGGAAAUAAGUGCUGGGCCUGCUGUGGAAAAGGAAAAACAAGAUUCAGUCAAGUGAGCUUUUUCCUAUCCCUGUUUUCCAGCCAGAAUAUAUUGUCUUGUCAAAGGUGAAAAACUAUGCCUUUAGCAAAGAAGAGCCAACCUCAGUCCUUGCUAAUUAUUCAUUAUUUCUUAGUCAAUUGAAGAUUAGUUUUGGGGUAAGACCAGACCACCAGAAUUGGUAUUGUAUAAUGUGUCCUAGUUGAUCAACUUUUUAAAGAAUUCCUUACUUCUGCCCUUUGAAUGAUGUGUUGUAUAAUUUAGGGUACACUGAAGAUUCUCUCCAUUUCCCCCCCUCAACAUUUCCCCAAGGAAGUCCUUGGGACAGGUAGAGAGACUGACUGUUCAGUACUUACUAAUAAAGCAACAAAAUUUAAUCGACAACUUUCAGAAGCUUUUUCUAACACUCACAACAUUAUAAAGAACAUAUUUUGACAUUUAAAUUGUGGGGAAAGUCUGGGCAUUUUAUAAGAAGAUAAUUUGGGGGGUAUUUGUACUUUUAAGAAAACAGAAAUGUGUAUUGUGAAGUGUUGUAUAAAUGUAAACUACUGUUAUGAGGAAAAUAGAAAUUAGUUUGGGACCACUGGAUUUUGAAUCAAAAGACCAAGGGUCAGAUACUGGCUCUGCCAUUUAAAUCUCCAUAACCUCGGGGAAAGCCUUUUGGGCCUUAGUUUCCUCAGUAAAAUGAAGGGGUUAGCCUGUAUCAGUGGUUCUUAAUGCAUGGUCUUGGGACUCCUGGAGUCCUCAAGACUCUUUCAGGGGAUCCUUAAGUUCAAAACUAUUUUCAUAAUAAUACUAAAACAUUUUCAUUUCGAAUAGAGCAAAUCUCAAUAGAUAUAAUCAGAGAGGUGCUGGAGCCACCUCAAAGAGCUCUUGAAGGGCUUACUGUUCAAUUUCCAGUGUGACCACUUACACCUUGGAAAUCAAUAAAUACUACAGAUCAGCAAUUGAUUUAUUGUUUUGUUGAUCAUCUGGAAUUAACAAAGUGAUGGAGAAAAUAUUAAUAAUGCAAAUUAAACUUAAAAAGUGCAGUGUGUACAUUUCCUUUUUUUUUUUUUCCUGGAGAGCUAAUUAUUUACCAGCACACCAUUAAAUAUAAUCUACAUAAACAAAAGAUGUUGGUGGAGAGGACGAGAAAGAAGACUGAAUUGUUAAGUGUAAAAGUGUUCUGAAAUCAAACGUUUGAGAACUGGGGC